UUGGACUGGGCAGACUGCAUUCAGAAAGCACGGAGGCUCAACACUGAGGCAUAGACCAUGUUUCCUACUGGAAUAAGGCAACUGCAAUGGAAAAAAUAUGUCCUAGUCCUAGGAACAACUGAUGAUACAAAGGACAAUGCACAGUGUAUAUCCUGAUGACAUUUUGUGUGCUGUGACAUGGUUUUUGCUAUGGCAUCUGAGACUGAAAAGGCCCAUGCUCUUCUCCAAACUUUCAGCACAGCUUCAGUUAUUUCUAGUCUAGGUUUGGGGAUAUUCUGCUUUGUAGCAGACAGACUUCUGCAGUUUUCUUUCAUUCAGCAAAAUGACUGGCUCCGAGCCUUCUCUGAUAAUGCAGUGCAUGGUAUACUAGGAAUGUGGUCCUGGGCAAUAGUGAUUGGACUCAGGAAGAAAAGUGACUUCACUGAGGUCACUCUGGCUGGCUUCCUCGCCUCUGUCAUUGAUGUGGACCACUUCUUUCUUGCUGGCUCCCUGUCAUUAAAGGCUGCUCUGACUCUUCCACAGAGACCACUUCUUCAUUGUUCUACUGUGAUUCCUGUUGUGGCUCUGACAUUAAAGUUUAUUAUGCACCUUUUCAGGCUUAAGGAUUCAUGGUGCUUUCUUCCCUGGAUGUUGUUCAUAUCUUGGACUUCUCAUCACGUCCGUGACGGGAUUCGUCAUGGCCUUUGGAUCUGCCCGUUUGGAAAAACUCCUCCUUUGCCAUAUUGGCUGUAUGUGACAAUUACAGCAUCUUUACCUCAUCUAUGUUCAUUUAUUAUGUAUUUAACAGGCACUAGAGAAUUAAUGUCUAUAAAACAUGGAAUCCGCAUUGAUGUAUAAGAAUGGUGGCUCUUAAAGGUUGGUUGUAUUAGCACUUGAAAUAAGCUGUCUGUUUAUCACUGAAGUGGUUUCCUUAUGUUUCCUACGACUUCUGAGUUAGGCAUUUUAAGCCUGUGGAGCCAGUUACAGCUCCUGUGUCAAUUCCUUGUGGUCAUAGAAACCUGUUUAAUGAAUGGUAAUAAUUUUAUAUCUAUACAUUCCCCUUGUAAAAUAUGUGGUCUUCCAUUAUAGUUCAUGCAUAGCUAGCUGAUUUAUAAAGUACUUUGUCUCUCUCUGUAGUAAUUACAUUACAUUUUACUGUCAUG